CAAGAAUUCCCCACUCCACAAUGAUCUGCCCAGGGGCUGCUGCUGUGGGACAGCAGGAAAACAGCAACACCCAGAGCAGCAGCAGUUUCUGGAGAUCACUACAGGUCAUUUCUCUGAGCUGCCACUGGCACCAGCCUGACUUCAGAAGGGACAGGUCUGUGGAUGUGCCGCACUCUCUGCUUGGGCUGGGCCAGUGACACGGCUCAGAGCUGUGCCUGCUGCCACUCUCACCCCACAACGGACCUGCUGAAGGAUUCCUACCCCUCCACGGAGCAGUAACAAUGACCCAGCUGCAGUUUAAAGAUGCUUUUUGGUGCAAGGAGUUCACCUUCCACACCGGUUACGAGGUGCUCGUGCAGCGGCUGCUGGAGGGGAAGAAGAUGUGCAAAGAUGUGGAGGAUUUGCUCAAGCAGAGAGCACAAGCAGAAGAGAGAUAUGGGAAAGAGUUGGUUCAAAUCGCCCGAAAAGCAGGAGGACAAACAGAAAUCAACACACUGAGGGCAGCGUUUGAGAUGCUCAAGCAACAGAUUGAAAAUGUUGGAAACUCUCAUAUCCAGCUGGCACUAAUGCUGAAGGAAGAACUGAAAGGAAUAGAGGAAUUCCGAGAAAGGCAGAAGGAACAAAGAAAAAAGUACGAGUCUGCCAUGGAGCGGAUGCAAAAGAGCAAACUGUCCCAUUAUAAGAAAACCAUGGAGUCCAAGAAGAGCUACGAGCAGAAGUGCAGGGAGGCGGAUGAGGCUGAGCAGUCCUUUGAACGCACCAGCGCUUCAGGCAACCAAAAGCAAACUGAAAAGAGCCAGAACAAAGCCAAGCAAUGCAGAGAUGCAGCAAACGAAGCAGAGAACGUGUACAAACAGAACAUCGAGCAGCUGGAUAAGAUCAGGACAGAGUGGGAACAGGAGCAUAUCAAAACCUGCGAGGUCUUCCAGCUCCAGGAGUGCGACCGCAUCACGAUCCUGCGGAACUCGCUGUGGGUGCACUGCAAUCAGCUGUCCCUGCAGUGUGUGAAGGAUGAUGAGCUGUACGAAGAGGUUCGGGUCAGCUUGGAGAACUGUGCUGUAGAGUCAGACAUAGACUACUUCAUUAAGACAAAAAUGACAGGAACACAACCUCCAGAUGCCAUAGGGUACGAGAACUACUACAGCAGGGAGCCCAAGAGGCGCAGCAGCAGCCCCACGCAGUCCUGCGGGAUGAUGAAGAGAUUUUCUGGACUACUCCAUGGGAGCAGCAAAAACAACACGGAAACUGCCACUCCUUCAGCCCCUCCUCUGGAGAGAACAGACGGAGUCUAUGCAUCCAUUUUUGUAAAUGAAAACGCUGAGAUCACGUCAUCCCAGGACUACAGAGUACUUUACGACUACACAGCCCAGAAUGUGGAUGAACUGGACAUCAGUGAAGGAGACAUCGUAGUUGUCAUCGCAGAAAAUGAGGAUGGUUGGUGGACAGCAGAAAGGAAUGGGCAGAGAGGCUUCGUGCCAGGCUCUUAUCUUGAAAAGCUUUGAUGAAAAGAAGCCCCAGUCCUCAGACUUUACAAGUAUUCUAUUACGGAAAACAAUCAGCACACCAGGUCUGCUUCAGCUGACCACGGGCAUCCCAAUAAUAAUAUUUUCUACAACUACCAGUCAGGAAGUAACCAACUGACCAUGCUUUUCUCUCCUCUUCUCCGGCCUCAUCCCACUGUUUUCCUGGCCUACACUGUAAAAUCAUCUUCAGUCCUGAGGGAUUAGGACUCACAUGUUUUGGCACAGUCCUCCCUCAGCACACUGUGAUGCCAGCAGUGUUUCAAAGCUCAGCGAUCCUGAGAGGAAAAUCCUGCCCAGAUCUCAACUGUGCAAAGGGAAAAGAUCACAGAAGCAAGUGCAGGUUCUCCACGAUGCAGGAUUGUCUCCAGCCAGCCUGGGGGCCACCCUUAUGGUCACAGCAGCCACAUUCUCUGUCACGGAUCCCUUUCUCUCUGUGCACAGGCCAUGCUGGCAUUUUUGACAGAGGAUGGUUUAUCAGUCAUGGACGAAUACAAAAAACAGUGAAUGCAGCCAGAGAGGAGCACCUUAAGGACCAGGACACAUCCCUAGUAGGAAAACUGGAGGCAUUCCAUCACAACCAUCUCCUAAGACAAUGAAAUCCAUACAUGGCUCUGCUUUGCCCUGGACUCUGGGACAGAUGACGGCCCCAUGGCUUGCUUUUGCCUUGGUUGGAAGGUUUCCCUGAUGUCUCCCUGGGAUUAUGAAGUUUCAAAACCCAACAACACAAAGCAGCUAAGCCAAGUCUCCAGCAGCGCUGCCCUGGCCCGACUGCUCCCCUCUGAGCACCAGAGAAUCACCAAUUGCCUCCCUGGCAGUGCCAGCAGGGCAGCCUCCCUCCCAC